AGGAGAGAGUCACUCCGAGCUCCGCUGACAUUCCCAACCAGCAUUGCAGGGGAGUAAGCUGUGUGUGAUAUACAAUAAGAAAGAGUGUGUGAGUGUGUGUGUUCGCACCAGAGGAGUCUUUAACAGUGUUACACACACACUUCAUUUUCAGCUCUGGGCUUCGGUGCGGCUGCAGGACAGAACGCUGCUUCAGUGUCGCGGUGGAAACUGAAGAAGAAGAAAAAGAAGAAGAAGAGAAAGUGGAUCUCAGAGGCCGGGUUGUGAUCUGUUUUGUUUCUGCCAGAGGGAGAGAAGAAGAAGAAGAAGAAUUAAAAGAAGUAGUAGAAGAAGAAAAGAGGCCAACAUGUCCAACGCUCUGCUGAGGAGAAACUCCAGCAAACAGGGUUUACAAAACCUGAUGAGGCUGACGGCUCAGAGGAGCGUGGAGGACGCGGAGGAGGUGGAGCGCGAGCGCCGGAGCAGAGCUCGCGAGUCUUCACGCUGGAGCACCGGAGGCUCGCUGUCCGGGGAGACUUCACCGGAGAGCAGGACGCCGGCAGAGGAGAGCGUGUACGACGGCGACCUGAAGCCGAGCAGCUCUCCGUCUCUGGAGGAGGACGAAGGCUUCAGCGACUGGACUCAGCGCCGAGAAAGACGGAGGCAGCAGCGCCUGCAGGAGCUCAGCAAGGGAGGCGAAGAAGACGAAGAGGAGAACAUGAAAAACAAAGCUGCACCCGUAAAGGCCAACCAAGCCUCGUUCACCUCCUCCAGCCGACUCCAGAGACAGCAGCACGAAGAAGAAGAAGAGGACAGGACCUGGGUGGAGAUGGAAAGGAGGAAGGAGCGUGAGGAGGACGAGGCGAUUCGAGCUGAGAGGGUGAGGAGGGAGAAAGAGAGAGGGGAGGAGGAGGACAAGAGGAAGAGAGAGGAGGUGAAGACCAGGAGGAGGGAGGAGGUUCAAAGACCGAAUUCAGAGGUGGCGAAAAGAAAAGACGUUAAAAUCUCCUACACAUCCAAAGUGUUCCUGAACCAAGAGCCGAAACAAAGCAGCACCAAUGGAGACAAAGAGGAAGUGACGACGUACAAGAACAACAAGACAAGAAGAUCCAGCAGCAGAGCCGGGCCGCCGGGGGAGGCGGAGGCCAUCCUGGAGACGGAGCAGCAUCUGGAGAAGAUCCGGCAGGGCCGCCAGCAGAAGGAGAGCCAGGAGCUCGAGCAGCUGAGACACCGACAGGUGGAGGCCGAGCAGGAGCUGGAGGAGCUGAAGAAGAGGAGGGAGGAGAGGCGUCGAGUCCGAGUGGAGGAGGAUCGUCAGAGGGAGGAGGAGGAGGAUCAGCAACGACUGUCUAAAGAAGAGGAGGAGAGGCGGCGGAUGAAGGAGGACAUGGAGAGGAGGAGGACGGAGGCAGCACAGAGGAUGAAGAGCCUGAGUACGUCCAGUGUGGACGGAGACGAGGUCUUCAGUCCGUUCAGCCCCAAACCUCCCACACACAAGCUCACAGAGAGAACUGAGUCGCUGAACCGCUCGUUGAAGAAAAGUAACAGCUUCAAGAAGACGCAGCCGCUCGUCCUGCUGCCCAAGAUCGACGACAAGCUGGAGCAGUACGCCCACGCUGUGGAGAACUCCCAGGAGGCCCGGGCAGUGAAGGCAUCACUGAGCGACCUGCCCAGCUCACCUGAGGUCGUCACCUCCAAGAAGAACCUGUUUGAGGCCGGAGAAGCCUGCAGCCAGAGUCCCAUCAAGGGAGCCACCUGCAAGGACGCUGAGGGGUUGAAGGUGGGCGUGGCCGACCGCAUCACUCAGUGGGUGAAGGGUCCGUCUGACGGCAGCAGACAGUCGCUCUGCAGACCGGCGGACGUGAGGCCCGGAGACGUGAUGCAGAAAAAGAACAUGUGGGAGGUUAUUGGAGACCCGACAGGGCAGCCCGGGCAAAGAGCAAAGGGUUCAUCAGCUGCUAAAAAGUAUAAAUUUGUCGUCACUGGUCACGGAAAAUACGAGAAGAUCCCAGUAGACGAGGAAAACGGAGGAGAGUUCACUUACGGAGAGUCCGAAUUCUAUGAUGAUUACUGAGGAGUCGUCUCUUCAGGUGGUUUCCACCUUAAUCCUAAAAGACGUCCGCUGGCUGUAAAGACGUCGAACUGAAGCCGCCGUUAGACUCGAUAUUUCAUUUAUAUCCAAUAAAACACUUUUUCUGACUCUUAGUUGGACAAUUAAAAACCAACAGCUCAUGUCCAAAAUAUCAUCAAAUGUCUAUAUUUGUUCAAUUCCCUCUUUGUUUUUGUAUUUUCUGACAUUAAGUUUCUAUUAUUAUCAUUAUGUAUAUAUCUGACUGUGAGCCUUAAUGUUUCUGUAUUCUUCUCCACUACAGUGUUUAGGUGAACCAUUCCUGACGCUUGGUUGAUCCUUGUUUGAUGGUGUGUAAUGAAACUAGU